AUGGAUACAUUCGAGGGGGGCUUCUCCUCAUUGGGGUCUUCUGCGAACGGCGACAACAAAUAUGUUAUACCAAGUGUGUGGCGAUCAGCUGUGCGAUACAUCAUCACAUCAGAAGGGUCAGAGCAUUUGGGUAGCAUAUCUCACUUCUGGAAAUCAGUCGUUCUGGGCAAACUUGUGCGAGGUUCUCGUAGUGGUGAGAAGAAAUUACUAGCAUUAGAACUGAUUCCCCUGGUAUUUGCAGAAGUGCACGAUCUGGAGUCCUUCAAUAUCGUAUUUGAAAGUUCACUCGCUUCCAUGGUUGCAGCAAUUCUUGGCAGUCAGAAAAUGGGUAUGACUCGAGCUCCCUUGCGAAAGGGAAGGACCUCUGAGGAGGCAUUGGCAUACCUAACGAAUUCCGCUAAAAGCCUGGGCAAACGUCUUGUGAAAGCGAUUUUUGAAAGCGAGGGAACAGACAGAAAUGGCCAGCCGAUGUUGUGCGAAUUUUUGAAAUGGUCCGUGACAGGAGGAAUUUGGAAUAUGCUCUUGCCACCGGCUUUACUUGCAGAAGUUCUUGCUAGUUUGUCUCCAGCCGACGAGAAAACUCUUUUUUCUAAUAUUGUCAGGGAAUUUGCUCAGCCAUACCGCUCUCAAAAGAGUUUAGACGGUGGUGAGAGCAAGUCGAGAAUACACAACAGGGCAAGCUUGCUUCGUUUUUUGUUCACGCUCGCCCGCCAACGCCACAGCUUGGCGAAAGACGUAGUCAGAGUUGUGGCACUGUACUCCGUUUUUCAUGCAGAACAGAAUCGCCCGGUUGGGCCAGAUCUGCAACCUCUGAUGAGGCUCGACAAUUUUCAAAACAGAGAUUUGUGUGUAGGGUACGGCACGGUGCUUCCCCAACUGCUCCCCGACCUACCGCUGGAUACAGCUGCCUUAGCAUUUCGCAGGUUGACAGACUUUUUAGCGUCACAGCAGCGGGGUGAUCGUACAGAGGAUCUCCUUUUGUUCACCGUGAAAUUAUUGAGCUCAGCAUCCUCUUCACAAGGACUUUCUCUGAAUCUCAGAAGGACUUUUGGCAGUGCACGUGAAGAGGAGGAAGGAGAAACAAAGUCCUUAGAGGUACAAAGCACUGCAGUGAAAGUCGUGGAGAGACUUUCAAUUCUCUCUUCCACUUCCGAGUCGAGCGGUCUUUCGAAAUCUCUGAAACUUAUUGCUGCGUAUCUUUGCAUUGGUCUAUAUGAUCCGCUGUGCAGAGAAGGGAAACGCAGUGUAACGGGUAUACAGGACAGCACCCAGGAAUUGUCCGGAUUAUUCAAGACGAUAGACAAUCUCGCUGAUCACCUGACGGAAACCGCAGCGGAAGUUCCUAGAGAGAACGACAGCCCAUCUGAUGGACGUGAAGAUGGAGAGAACUCAUUGCCGACGCCCACAGAGUACAUUGCCCAACUUAUUGCAGAUUUGUGUGGGAGAGAUGGAAACAGAUUUCGUCACGUGUCUGUCAUGGCAAUUGAAGCCCUAGACCAAAAGUUAGAUGAUUCCGUCGUUUCCGUUUUUUUCGAUGCAAUUGACUCUUACCUCUCCGGAAAGGUUGUUAGGGUAGCACUUCAUCGCCCAGCCCGAGAUCCAGAAUCUAGCGUGUUGGACAUAAACAAAGGCGAAGAUGAGGAAAUGGAGGAGAGAAAUAGCGAAGACGAGAAAGUAAGGUCGGAGUAUGAUCAAGGUAUGGAUAACGUGGAACCCGGGACUUCCCAAGCAUCCGCUUCCGCUGAAAGCGCAGAUGAGGAGAGCGAUGCGGACACUGGCUCAGAAGAAGACUCUGAAGACGUCGUUGAUGUUGAUAUUGACAUUGACAGGGAAGACCCUGCCGUUCUGGCGGAUUUUGACAAGAGAAUUGGUGCGCAUUUGCGCUUGCUCAAAGAAGAAAAGAAAGAAGCCAACCAGCGACGGUUACAAAGGGAGUCCCGAUUUGCUCGAGCUGCCCGAGUACUGGACGCCCUUGAAGCUAUCGCUCGCAAGUUGCGGAUACGCCUCGAGAAGACUCAGGAAGCUUGUGGACGACUUCCAAUUGUCUUCUUAGACUUGCACGUUCGCCUCUACGAAUUCGUUCUAGGAGACGAUAAGAACUUUCGAUUUCUCAAGCAAGUGUGCCGUGUUGUUUCAAAGCAAAUGCUCAUUGCUGCCCCCGUGUUGGUGUCACACGUCUCCGAUAAGCAGACAGUCUUGGAUAUAGUAGAUCGCUUUUUCAAAAUUCUGAGAUCCUGUCCAACAGAUCGCCAAAUACCUGCGCUUGAAGCUCGUACGAUUUCAAGGUCGGCUGGAUCCCUCAUGAACGUAGCCUCAGAGUUAUCAGACGGCAGCUAUACAUCGUACUUAACCGCAUAUGAGGAAAUCCUUGUCAGCAUGAUGAAGCCGGGAUCUCACUUCUGGAUACCGGAUAUUUUGGGUUCUUUCAUCCAAAAGGCCCCCCUGCUAUCUCUGAAGUUGAGUACCAUUGUUGCUAAAACGCUCCAAUCCCGGGACGCACCUAAGAGCACGCGGCAGACAGCCAGUGAAGUAUUGCUCGGUCUGUCGGUGUCGGCUCUUCAGCUUGACGACUCUUCACCCGAGGUAGAUAAGUUUUGGAAAAUGGUCGAGGCCUGCCUUCUGCAGCAGUGCACGCAGCAAUGCACCCGACACAUCGGAAAACAAUGGAGUUCCGAAGGAUAUUGCAAUAUGAUUAAGGUAGCUGCAAAUGCCAUUCGGGCUGGGCGUUUUGACAGAGACGAUGUUGUGUCGCAACUGAAGGCAAGCAUAGAGACGAUGGCACUCCCCCAAAGAGAGCGUACACGGCUCCUAAAGUCACUCCGAAUACCGACCGUGGCACACAGUUUGAAACGAAGCAUACCUGUAUCCACUGAGCUAAGACGAGAUGUACAGGAGAAGAAGAGAAAGACCACGGCGGCUGAGUAG